CGCGCAGGCGCUAGCUUCCUCUUUUCCGGUUGGAACCAUGGAGGGUGCCGAAGAGAAGAAGAAGAAGGUUCCUGCUGUGCCAGAAACUCUUAAGAAAAAGCGAAGGAAUUUCGCAGAGUUGAAGGUGAAGCGCCUGAGGAAGAAGUUUGCCCAGAAGACGCUUCGAAGGGCAAGGAGGAAGCUUAUCUAUGAAAAGGCUAAGCACUACCACAAGGAAUACAGGCAGAUGUACAGAACUGAGAUCCGCAUGGCUAGGAUGGCCAGGAAAGCUGGUAACUUCUAUGUACCUGCAGAACCCAAACUAGCCUUUGUCGUCAGAAUCAGAGGUAUCAAUGGUGUUAGCCCAAAGGUCCGCAAAGUGUUGCAGCUUCUUCGCCUUCGCCAGAUCUUCAAUGGCACCUUUGUAAAACUCAACAAGGCUUCCAUUAACAUGCUGAGGAUUGUGGAGCCAUAUAUUGCAUGGGGCUACCCAAACCUGAAGUCAGUAAAUGAGCUAAUCUACAAGCGUGGCUAUGGCAAAAUCCGUAAGAAGCGAAUUGCUUUGACAGAUAACGCUCUGAUUGCUCGAUCUCUUGGUAAAUAUGGCAUCAUCUGCAUGGAAGAUCUGAUUCAUGAGAUCUAUACUGUGGGGAAACACUUCAAGGAAGCAAAUAACUUCUUGUGGCCCUUCAAGCUGUCCUCUCCACGAGGUGGAAUGAAGAAAAAGACAACCCACUUUGUGGAAGGUGGAGAUGCUGGCAACAGAGAAGACCAGAUCAAUAGGCUUAUUAGAAGAAUGAACUAAGGUAUCUACCACAGUAUUUUUGUACUAUGGUCAGUUAAUAAACAUUGACUGCUGUCAAAUUGAAA